GAGUAGAAAAAGAUGCAAUCUGUCUUUCUUGCAGUCCCUCCCAUUAUAAGUAAUGAAGCAGUGCCAACAGAAACUACCUUUCCAGGCUUUAACGGAGCUGCAUGUUAUUCAUGUUUUUUCGUGGCUAAACUCAACAGGAAUAGAACUUUAAGGUACUCAAAGCGCUUUGACACUACUGAUGGAGGGAGCUGCCAUGCAAGGCGCUAACCAGCACCCAUUUGGAGCAAAGUUGAAGUGUCUUGCUCAGGACACAACGGACGUAACGAGUGCUGAUCCUGAGACCGACCUUUGCUGCUGUGUCUGACAGGGUGUUUGUCAUCUCCUGUAGAGCCUUGGCUGUGUCUCAGAGAAGGACCAAGUCAUCAGUGAAAUUUCAGACAUGUUCAAAAGUAGGCUGAUGCUUUUGAUGCUGGCAUGGAUAUUUCAGGGCAGCCAUGAGCAAGAUACAGAUUUUCAGCCUCCUCUUUCCUUCAAUGACAAAAUGAUAAAUGAUGAAAAUCUUGAAACUAAUGAGAAGAUCACAGACCCUCCCACCACUACCACUUCCCAUUCCACCACAAGUAUUGCUCCUCCCACUACCGCCGCUGCCCCUUCCACCACCACCACCGCGCCUUCCCCCACUACAACCACUUCCCCUUCCACCACCAACAGUAUUGCUCCUCCCACUACCACUGCUACCCCUCCCAGCACCACCGCUGCUCCUCCCACUACCACCUUUAAUCUCCCCACCACCACUGCUCUACGCACUACCACCGCUGCCUCUCCCACCACCACCACAUCCUCUCCCAGCCCCACUACCACCGCUGCUCCUCCCACUACCACCUUUAAUCUCCCCACCACCACUGCUCUACGCACUACCACCGCUGCCUCUCCCACCACCACCACAUCCUCUCCCAGCCCCACUACCACCGAUGCUCCUCCCACCACCACUGCUCCUUCCAACCAAGGGAUAAUGGUACCUGACAAUGCUCUACACACUACCACCGUUUCCCCUCUCACCACCACUACUUUCCCUUCCACCCCCACCACCACUGUUACGCCUCCCACCACCACACUUCUUUCCCCCAGUACCACCACCACCCCUCCCACCACCACCAGUAUUGCUCCUCCCACCACCAUUGCUCCUCCCACCACCACAUUUCCUCCUUCCUCCACCCUUGCUCCCCCCACGACCACCGCUUCCCCUCCCACAACCACUGUUCCCAGUACAACCACUGCCACGGUUCCCACCACCACCGCUACUCCCACUACAACCGCUGAUCUUAUCCCCAUCACCACCACCACCUCUGCCCUUCCCACUACUGCCCUUCCCACCACCACCUUUCCCAUUACCACCACCGCUACACCCACUACAACCGCUGACCUUCCCCCCACCGCCACCUCUGCCCUUUCAACUACCACCGCCGCUUUUACCACCACCACCACCACCGCUACUCCCACUACAACAACUGACCCUCCCACUACCACCACUGCCCUUCCCACCACCACCGCUAAUCCCACUACAACCGCUGACCUUCCCCCCACCACCACCGCCACCACCACUGUCUCUCUCACCACCACUACUUCCCCUCCUACACCCCCAAUCAAUCCCCUGCCUACCACAACCACCUUUCCUGCCCCCUCUACCCCUCCCACCUCCACCACCACCAGUAUUGCUCCUCCCACUACGACCACUUCCCCUCCUACCACCACCCUUUCUCCCCCCACGACCACCGCUUCCCCUCCCACCACCACCACCACUACUGUUCCCACUAUAACCACUGCUCCCACCACCACCAUAACUGCCUCUCCCAACCAUGGGACAGUGGUACCUACCCGUCCCAUUCCCCCCACCAGCACUGUCCUUCCCACUACUGCCCUUCCCACCACCACCGAUCCUCACACCACCACCACCGAUCCUCCCACUACAACCGCUACCCCUCCCCUCACUUCUGCCCCUCCCACCACCACCGCUGACCCUCCCACUACCGGCACUGACUUUCCCGCCACCACCGCUAAUCCUCCCACUAACAGCGCUGCCCUUCCCACCACCACCAUAACUUCCACCACCACCACCACCACCAGUGUUGCUCUUCCCACUACGACCACUUCCCGUCCUACCGCCACCCUUUCUCCCCCCACGACCACCGCUUCCCCUCCCACCACCACCACCACCACCACUGUUCACACUACAACCACUGCUCCCACCACCACCAUAACUGCCUCUCCCAACCAUGGGACAGGGGUACCUACCGGUCCCAUUCCCCCCACCACCACUGUUCUUCCCACUACUGCCCUUCCCACCACCACCACCUCUGCCACUCCCACCGCCACCGAUCCUCACACCACCACCACCGAUCCUCCCACUACAACCGCUACCCCUCCCCCCACCUCUGCCCCUCCCACCACCACCGCUGACGCUCCCACUACCACCACUGACUUUCCCGCAACCACCGCUAAUCCUCCCACUAACAGCGCUUUCCUUCCCACCACCACCACCAUAACUUCCCCUCCCACCCAUGGGUCAGGGGUACCUACCCGUCCGAUUACCACCCACCCCACCACCAUCACUGCCCUUCCCACCACCACCGCUACUCCCACUACAACCACUGACCUGCCCCCCACCAACACCACCACCUCUGCCCUUCCCACCACCACCUUUCCCACUACCACCACCGCUACUCCCACUACAACCGCUGACCUUCCCCCCACCACCACCUCUGCCCCUUCAAUUACCACCGCCGCUUUUACCACCACCACCACCGCUCCUCCCACUACAACCACUGACCCUCCCACUACCACCACUGCCCUUCCCACCACCACCGCUAAUCCCACUACAACCGCUGACCUUCCGCCAACCACUACCACCACCUCUGCCCUUCCCACUUCUGCCCUUCCCACCACCACCACCACCACUGUCUCUCUCACCACCACUACUUCCCCUCCUACCCCCCCAAUCACUCCCCCGCCUACAACAACCACCUUUCCUGCCCCCACUACCCCUCCCACCACCCCCACCACCACCAGUAUUGCUCCUCCCACUACGACCACUUCCCCUCCUACCACCACCCUUUCUCUCCCCACGACCACCUCUUCCCCUCCCACCACCACCUCCACCACCACCACUGUUCCCACUACCACCACCACCGCUCCUCCCACUACAACAACUGACCCUCCCACUACCACCACUGCCCUUCCCACCACCACCGCUAAUCCCACUACAACCGCUGACCUUCCCCCCACCACCACCACCACCUCUGCCCUUCCCACCACCACCACUGUCUCUCUCACCACCACUACUUCCCCUCCUACCCCCCCAAUCACUCCCCCGCCUACAAUAACCACCUUUCCUGCCCCCACUACCCCUCCCACCACCCCCACCACCACCAGUAUUGCUCCUCCCACUACGACCACUUCCCCUCCUACCACCACCCUUUCUCUCCCCACGACCACCUCUUCCCCUCCCACCACCACCUCCACCACCACCACCACCACCACUGUUCCCACUACCACCACCACUGCUCCUCCCACUACAACAACUGACCCUCCCACUACCACCACUGCCCUUCCCACCACCACCGCUAAUCCCACUACAACCGCUGACCUUCCCCCCACCACCACCUCUGCCCUUCCCACUUCUGCCCUUCCCACCACCACCACCACCACUGUCUCUCUCACCACCACUACUUCCCCUCCUACCCCCCCAAUCACUCCCCCUCCUACCCCCCCAAUAACGCCCCCGCCUACCACAACCAUCUCCCCCAACACCACUGCCCCUCCCACUACCACCAACAUCACCACUUCCCCUCCCACUACCACCGCCGCUCUUCCCACCACAAGCAUAACCGCCCCUCCCAACCAUUGGACAGGGGUACCUACCCGUCCAAUUGCCACCCACCCCACCACCACCGCUGCUCUUCCCACCACCACCACUGUCACUUCCAUCAAUCACCACCAUGUCCACCACCACGUCCACCACUACCACCACCAGCAGCAGCAGCACCAGCAACCCUACCACCACCACCACCACCACCACCACCACCACCACCACCAUUAUUGCGACUCCCACCAUAACCACUUCUGUCCCUGCACUAAUGGCGGUGCCUCUAUCCAAAAGCACUCACAGAUACAAGCUUUGGUUAUCACUGCAAGUUUACUAGCUUUGUUUGCACUAUGAGGAACAGCUGCCAACACAUUUAAGCACGCUAAUUCACUCAAUAUCUCUCACAAAGAUUUGACUUUUUGUCAUCAUCUAUAGUUUGUAAAGAAAACAAAAGUCAAUUAACCUAACUAAAAAUGUGCACACCUCAUUGUCACAUGUACAUUAAAGUUAUUCAGUGGCAUUUUUAUGUCAAUGAUUCAAUUCCUCACAUGUCUUUCCCUAAUGGGACAGUGAUGAGUAGAAGAAUGUGGGUUUUUUUUUAGCUAUUUUGUGGUUCAUUAAAAAUGCAUACAUAUAUUUUUUAAUGCACCAAAGUAAUUGGGAAACACUAGUAGCUCUCUUUGGACUCAUUGAUCGUUUACAAACUAAGUUCGGAGAGGAAGUGACGCCAGAAAGACCGUGCCCCUCACAGGAAGUGACGUCAGAAAGUUGGAGGCAAGUAAUCCAGACAUGUCCGUGUGGAAAUCACACAUAAAUGAUAAAUGGGUUAUACUUGUAUAGCGCUUUUCUACCUUCAAGGUACUCAAAGCGCUUUGACACUACUUCCACAUUUACCCAUUCACACACACAUUCACACACUGAUGGAGGGGGCUGCCAUGCCAGGCACUAACCAGCACCCAUCAGGAGCAAGGGUGAAGUGUCUUGCUCAGGACACAACGGACGUGACGAGGUUGGUACUAGGUGGGAUUUGAACCAGGGACCCUCGGGUUGCGCACGGCCACUCUCCCACUGCGCCACGCCGUGAAUACCUUAAGAGAAACAAACGCACAGUUGCAGCUAUUUCGGAUACAACACUUCUCAGACGAGAUUGAACUACCGUUUUGGAUAAGGCCUGGAAGAACGGCAGCCUGGGGAGAUAUGUUUGUCAACAAGUGUGUUGUGCUGGAGGGACAGCAAGAGAACUUUCGAAUGUCUGGGUCAGCUGUGAUUCCAUUUAGUGAAAAACUUUGUCCAUUUCUUGAAAGGGACUAUUACUACUUAUUGUCCACGAUGUAUGUCAAGAGAUUACUUGUCUGGUUUUGUACUCCAUAACUAUUGUGAAGCCAUGAAGUGGUUGCGGCCGUCAAGUACAACCGCUAAUUUCAGCAUAGAAGCACAGUGUCCUGAACAGAUAUGAGCACAUUCUCCUGUGGUUGCUUGUUGUAAAAUAAUCUUUAUCACAUUGUUUACUUUCACAUGUCCAUUAAAGAUAUGAUUCAUGUAUGAUGGCUCAGGUGUGAUUCGCUACAAUAGGGCCAGUCUAACAGCUGCUGAUGGUGAGGCAAGCAAGGUUUACUGUUAAAAGAAAUGUGGCAGUAGUCUACACUGAAACACAGGGUAAGGAUACACUUCCAGGUCAGAGGUGACUAUAACUAGGGAUGAGGUUUGUUAAAGGGGACAUUAUCACCAGACCUAUGUAAGCGUCAAUAUAUACCUUGAUGUUGCAGAAAAAAGACCAUAUAUAUUUUUUAACCAAUUUCCGAACUCUAAAUGGGUGAAUUUUGGCGAAUUAAACGCCUUUCUGUUUAUGCCUCUCUGAGCGACGACGUCAGAACGUGACGUCACAUCGGUACUCAACGCCAUUUUCCCCUACACAUCAGAUGCAUCGAGUCAAAUCAGCUUUGUUAUUUUCCGUUUUUUCGACUGUUUUCCGAUACCUUGGAGACAUCAUGCCCUGACGGUGUGUUGUCGGAGGGUGUAACAACACGAUCAGGGACGGAUUCAAGUUGAUUUACGUAGAAUGUGCACUGAUUAGCAAGGCAUGCUAAUCGAUGCUAACAUUCUAUUUAGGCUAGCUGUGUUUACAUAUUGCAGCAUUAUGCCUCUUUUGUAGCUAUAUUUACAGUACAUCUAUGUAGGUGUACACCUAAUAUUGUGCAUGUUUGUUAUGCAUCUCUAAUAACCUGAAAUCCCUCAAAAUGUUUGCAUCCAAUCGUAUCCAAGACCUUGGUAACAGACUCGGCCAAUCAAUGACUUGCUGGCUGGCGGACUGGCAAAUGAGAGGAGAGGAGGUGCGGGACAAGGAGUGAGAAGAAAAACAACAAGGAAAAAGAGAUGAGAGAUGGCGGCACCUGGAGAGCUCCGAGAUUGACGAAGAUUGGCUGACGGAGAUUUGCGGUAGGAGUAACGAUAAAUAACAGUUUAGCUCUUAGUUACCGCGUGUGUGGCAGGGUAAUCUGGGCUACGGAACUGUUAAGGGUUGUCAGUGGCGUGUGGAAGAGCGGAAGACUCCAUGCUAACCACGUUGAAGACUCGUCCGCCAUUAUACCAGCAACAAGUAUAAGUCGUGUAGUGCGAGACACACGUCCUUGUUAGGUAGGGAAAAGUGUUUUUUUUAUUUCAAGUGUAUUGUUAGCCGUCGUCAACGUGGGAGUCUCGUCACGUCAGAGGGACGACAUCCAGCCUGUUGACUCCUGCAGUACAGACGUGUCUGCAGUACAGACGUGUUUGUGGUCGGGGCAUCUGCCAGGGCCAGUCUCCCACGUGGUCUACUGGUCGCCAAUGUACUGGCCCAGGCUACUGAGGGGAAGGUCCCAGUGCGCGUGCUCAACUCGAGUGAGAAGACCAUCACAUUGUUCCCAAGGUGCAGAGUGGCAGAGUUGAGUAAACCCGAUGUUAUCGUACCAAGGGAAGUAGUGUCCGUGGAGGAGGUGGAUGGAGAAGUGUACGUGAGGAAGGUUAGUCGUGGGGAGGUCAAGUCGGUAGAGGGGGAUGGAUCAUUGUAUGUUCCGGUACAUGCAAAUCUCGAGGGCCUGACGUCACCACAGGUGCAGAAGCUGGACGAUCUUCUCAGGAAACACAGGGAUGUGUUCUCCGAGCAUAAAAGUGAUUUUGGGUACACUACCACGGUGACCCACCAUAUUCAGACUGGCGAUGCAAGGCCAAUUAAGCAAAGACACCGGCGUAUACCUCCACACAUAUUUCAAGAGUUUAAGAGACACGUGCAAGACUUAGUCGCACAGGGGGUACUUAAGGAGAGCUGUAGCCCGUGGGCCUCCCCUGCGGUAAUUGUCAUCAAGCCAGACCAAUCUGUACGGUUCUGUUGUGAUUACCGUAAGCUAAAUGGUGUUACAUUGAAGGACGCCUACCCACUCCCGAGGGUUGAGGAGUCAUUGGAUGCCCUUGAAAAGGCAAAGCUUUUCUCAUCACUAGAUUUGACAGCAGGCUAUUUUCAGGUGGCAGUCCAUGUAGACGAUCAGGAGAAAACAGCUGUUACUACACCAUUUGGCCUAUACCAGUGGACUAGAAUGCCUUUUGGUCUUUGCAAUGCCCCUGCCACAUUUCAAAGGCUGAUGGAGGUAGUCCUAGGUGAUCUGGCAUUUGACGUGUUGCUGAUAUACCUGGACGAUGUCCUGGUGUUUUCUAACGACUUCAAUAGCCACUGCGAGAAACUGGACCUAGUGUUCAGUCGUCUGAAGGAACAUGGGCUGAAACUUAAGCCAAACAAGUGCUUCCUACUAAAGUCAGAGGUCAAGUUCUUGGGUCAUAUUGUUUCGGCAGAGGGUGUUCGAGUAGACAUGGAAAAGGUCAAAACCCUCCGUGAUUGGCCGGUGCCCAGGAGUACAAAAGAUGUGCGGCAAGUGGUGGGGUUCAUGUCGUAUUACAGGCAUUUUGUCCCGAAAUUCGCCCAGCUAGCAAAGCCGUUACAUUCUCUAAUGGGAAAGGGGAAGAAAGAGAGUGGAGGCCAGCCUGUCCUCUUUGUGUGGAGUAGAGAGUGUCAAGAAGCUUUUGAUAAGCUAAGGGAGCACCUUAUGUCAGCUCCGGGACUCGCGUAUCCUGACUUUUCCCUCCCUUUCACUCUUACCACUGAUGGGAGCCUUCUUGGGUUGGGGGCAGUGCUUAGUCAGCGGCAGGAGGGGGUGGAGAGGGUUGUUGCCUUUGCUAGUCGAGGUCUCCGGGGUUCUGAGCAAAAUGACAAGAACUAUAUUGCGUUUAAGCUCGAGCUGCUAGCUCUUAAAUGGGGGAUAACAGAGAAAUUCCGGGAUUUUUUAAUGUACUCAAAAUUUGUCGUGGUGACUGAUCAUAAUCCUCUGCGUUAUCUCGAAACAGCUAACCUCGGGGCGGUGGAGCAGAGGUGGGUCGCCCAGUUGGCAGAGUAUGAUUUUGAAGUGGAUUAUAAGCCGGGGAGGGAGAACACUAAUGCGGACGUGCUGUCUCGGCUCCCUCGAGCACAGGAGCCUGAAGUGAGCGACACUGAUAAAGACUUUCUGGUCAUUCAGGCUGAGGAAGUGCGGGCUGUUCUAUGGCCUGGACAGGAGACAAAUGCAGGAAGGUCUAGUGUGCAGGUGGCUUCCCAAGCUGCUGUUGCAGCAAAGGUUGCUGGGUAUAGCUGGGAGGAGCUUCAGCAACUUCAGGUAGAGGAUCCUGUAGUGGGUCCUAUAGCGCGGGCAACAAAAUGUAACGCUCGGCCCAACAAGAAUCAGUUACAGCGGAUGGCCCCGGAAAAAAAAAAACUGUCCUCACAAUGGGAUGGACUGAGCAUCCUUCAUGGUGUCCUAUUUCGUAGUAUUUGUGACCCCAGAGAUGUUGAAGAGGUGCACCAGUUGGUAAUACCAGAGUCUCUGCGGAAACAUGUGUUCAGUAUGGAGCAUGAACAUGGGGGUCAUUUCAGUCAGAAGGGUACGCUUGCACGUGUGACACAAAGUUUUUACUGGCCCUCAAUGAGCAGAGAUGUACAUGAGUGGGUGAGGCAGUGUAAGCGUUGUGCACUUGCCAAAGACAUAUUUCCAACUAUCCGAGCCCCAUUGACAUGCACUAAUGUGACCACCCCUCUAGAGGUACUGGCCAUGGAUUACACCCGUUUGGAGGUGUCUGUGGGUGGCUAUGAGAAUGUGUUAGUCAUGACUGACAUGUUCACGCGUUUUACAAUAGCUGUGCCCACAAAAGACCAGUCUGCUAAAACCACAGCCAGGGCCUUAGUCAAACACUGGUUUGUGUAUUAUGGCUGUCCCUCUAGGCUUCACUCAGACCAAGGCCGCAGUUUUGAAGCUAGUGUUAUCAAAUAACUCUGUCGUAUCUAUGGCAUCGCCAAGAGUCGGACAAGUCCAUAUCACCCCCAGGGCAACGCUCAAUGCGAGCGAUUCAAUAGGACGAUGCAUGAUAUGCUUAGAACUUUGACACCAGAGAGGAAACGGAAUUGGAAGGAGUAUCUUCCUGAGCUUGUGAUGGCUUAUAACAGUCACAUUCACUCCUCAACGGGAUACUCCCCGUUUUAUCUCCUCUUCGGCCGAGAUGCACGACUGCCUCAGGACAUUCUGGGGGGAAAGGACUUGGAGCUCAGUGACAUCGACAACCUCGAUGAUUGGGUCCUCAACCACCACGAGAGGCUGAAAGUGGCCGCGGAGGCCGCCGGGGACGCAGCUCAGGAUGCAUCACGGCGACGCAAACGUCUCUACGACCGAAAGUCACGAGCUGCACUUGUUCGAUCGGGCGAUCGAGUACUGCUGAGAAAUCAUCGACCAAGGGGAAGGAAUAAGAUCCAGGACAAGUGGGAGCCAGAGCCCUAUAUAGUUGUCAAGCAGAACCACCCCGACAUACCUGUAUUCACAGUCAGGCCUGAAACAGAUGGGCCGUCAAAAGUAGUGCAUCGAAACCAGAUGAAGCAUUGCACCUUUCAGACACCUGUUAGAGAAGUAGUUACACCCAGGCACAAGAGAGUUGCAUUUGGUUCAGACACUGACUCUGUAGGGUUAGUUUGCAUUCCUUGCACUCCUCACAAUACACCAACACCAGAUGAGGGUAUUCGAGUUAGUCAAAGGGAAUUGAUGGAUGUUGAGCCAGAGGCAGUCUUUAGCGGGAACCAGGAGGGGGUGUCGGAUCAUGAGAGUGGGGGUGCCUCUAAUGCUAACUCUGGGGACGGGUCUGUUUUGGGGGGUUUAUCGGAAGAUGCAGAUAACUCUGAGUCAGAUAACGAGUCUAUGAUAGUGAGCCGUCCACAGAGGAAAACUAGGGGUCAGUUACCUGUUAGGUAUCGGGAGGGGUAUGUUCUGAAGUGAAUUCCCUUUCUUUGGUCAUGUUUUGUGUCUUGAUAUGUGAUUUUUGUUUUACACUGUGAAAAGGAAUUAAUGUAUGUUUAAUUCUGGCCUGUGUUCUUAAGCUGUAAACAAACAGGGAAGUCUAUGAUGUGGCAGGGUUUGGAAGGGGGGAAUGUAGGUGUACACCUAAUAUUGUGCAUGUUCGUUAUGCAUCUCUAAUAACCUGAAAUCCCUCAAAAUGUUUGCAUCCAAUCGUAUCCAGGACCUUGGUAACAGACUCGGCCAAUCAAUGACUUGCUGGCUGGCGGACUGGCAAAUGAGAGGAGAGGAGGGGCGGGACAAGGAGUGAGAAGAAAAACAACAAGGAAAAAGAGACGAGAGAUGGCGGCACCUGGAGAGCUCCGAGAUUGACGAAGAUUGGCUGACGGAGAUUUGCGGUAGGAGUAACGAUAAAUAACAGUUUAGCUCUUAGUUACCGCGUGUGUGGCAGGGUAAUCUGGGCUACGGAACUGUUAAGGGUUGUCAGUGGCGUGUGGAAGAGCGGAAGACUCCAUGCUAACUACGUUGAAGACUCGUCCGCCAUUAUACCAGCAACAAGUAUAAGUCGUGUAGUGCGAGGCACACGUCCUUGUUAGGUAGGGAAAAGUGUUUUUUUUAUGCAAGUGUAUUGUUAGCCGUCGUCAACGUGGGAGUCUUGUCACGUCAGAGGGACGACAUCCAGCCUGUUGACUCCUGCAGUACAGACGUGUCUGCAGUACAGACAUGUUUGUGGCUCGCCCCCCCCCCCCCCCCCGCUCUCCUCCUCAUCCUCUCAUGCCAGUGAUAAACGGUGCGGUUGGUGAGUAAAAAGACUUCCCCUGCCACAUAACUCCACCAUUUGGACCGGACUUUGCGCCCGUGUUGGACAGGGUUUUUUUUGGGUUUUUAACGAUCUGUAACUGAACGUUACCGUCGGAUGACCCAACCCAAAAGGAACUUUGAACUGAAUGUGAACAAGGAGAGAACAUUGUAUAAUGUGAAAACUGUGUGAGACUGUUUUCGGGUUUGCUAUUAAUAGCAAGGGUACUGUGUGUGCAUUGUGUUCACAAACAUACGACUGUUAUUUGCAUGUGUGGGAUUUUUGCUGGGGUUUUGUGUGUUAUUGUGCCACUCUAGUGAAGUGAAGGUGAACACAACGUGUUGGGUUUCUUAUAGGGGUUACAGAUUAUUAUAGAAAUCAAUCCUAUAAGUCUAUAUCUUGUUAUUAUAUAUUUUUCUACUUUUCUGCCUUACUUAGUAUUAGAGUACUAAUACUAGUUUAAUAAAUAAUAACCUUUUCCAACUUU